AUGAAGGGCUACAUUGCAAACGAGUACAUCAAAGUUCCCGAAGAUCUCAAACUACGGGAUGAUCUGCCGGAACCAACGUGUCCACCUAAUGGAGCCGCUGGCAUAUCAUUCGCAUCUCUGAUGGUAUUGCAAGGAAAAUACCAAUUCAAGCCUAAAUUGCCGAUGAGACCUGGUGCAGACGUAGCAGGAAUCAUACUCGAAGUCGGACCAAACUGUCCCAAACAAUUCUAUGUUGGUCAACGAGUCUUUUGCGGUGGGGAAAUAGCUGAACGUACGGCUGUUAUACCCACUGAAGAGACAUUCGAGGUGCCGGCGAGCUUGACGAUGGCUGAAGCUGCGGCUAUUGGAGUGAAUUACACUACGUCGUGGAUUGGGUUAGUGAAUCGAGGGAGAGUGGCUAAAGACGAGGUUGUGUUGGUUCAUUCGGGAGCUGGUGGAAUCGGUAGUUCAUCAAUCCAAAUCGCAAAACACCUAGGAGCAUACGUCAUCGCCACUGUAUCAUCCGACGACAAGAUCCCCGUUUGCAAAACAGCAGGCGCCGACGCAGUUCUCAAUUACGCCACAGAUAAAGAAUGGCCUGAAAAAGUCAAAGAAAUCACGAGAAAUAUACCUGGACGCGAACGGGAGGGUGCUGAUAUUGUGGUUGAUCCCACGGGACUUAUAAUCCCAUCUACCAAAUGUACUGCUUGGAAUGGACGGUUGCUUGUUGUUGGAUUUACUGGUGGAAAGAUUGAGCAGAUACCUGCGAAUCGGUUGUUGCUCAAGAAUGUCGCAGCUAUUGGCGUCAACAUUAACGGAUACAAGAAAUCAUUCGGGCAGACUACGGUAACAGAACCAGGAGUGCUGGAUGACGCAUGGAGAGGACUCUUCCAAAUGUUUACAGAAGGAAGAGCACCAGACGGCCAGCCUCCCAAACCAAUACUAUACCAUGAGAAAUUCGAAGGUCUUGAAUCACUACCACUAGCUCUGAGAGCAUCGUCGAUGAAUAGGGCCUCAUUUGGUAAAAUUAUGAUUACUUUUGGACCGCCAGAAGUGCUGGUGCCACGUAGUAGCCAUCUUUGA